GAAAGGACAAUUCGAGAAUUCUAACCACUGUGAUUGACUGAAUAGCACACCCAACGUAGCAGAUAAAACACCCACACUUAUCCGUGAGGAUAAAUGCAGGGGUAUCUCUGGUUCUUUGCGUGGAGAGAGAGAAGCUGAAGCAGAGUAGCCCACCAUAGCAUCUUGGUUUGUCGUUCACAUGCUUGCUUAAAUGGCUUGCAUACACGAGUUAGAUGUGGAUUCGUAUGCUGUUUCUGGUUGGCUGACUCUUUCCAUCCUCCCUUGUGGAUAUGAUACAACACCGUACCUGAUCUCACCUUGCCUUGUCCGCCACAGCCUGUCAAGCUCGCAUUAGAUUUCUGCAGCCUUUGCUGCUCCUGGAAGCAAUUGCCGAGCUGCAUAUAUCCAGCUGAUGAGUGAGGCCACCACUCCCCUUCUCUUGGAUAUCCCUGAUGAUUAGCCACGGAUCGAGAUUUCAUGUGGUGUUCAUGGGGAUGAUAAAUGGAGGAGAGGAAGUCUUGUAGGAAGGAGAUGCUCGACAAGCACUGGGAUUGGAGCUUGCGGGUGAAAACUCUCUACUUCUUCUUCUUCUGCUACCUGUAGACUGCAUCACUGCUCUCAAUUCUUUGAAUGGGCACAAAGUUGCAUCAGAUGAACAACCUAUUCACCACCUUGCAAAAGACCAACUUUAAUGUAGUGAAUGCAGGAUUGAGAAGCUCAGAUAUUGGAGCCAUAUCUGACAACAUAUCACUGAAGGUAAGCGUUGUUGGUGGUCUGAACCAGCUCAAGGCCUCGAUGGAGAGACAACUUGACUGUUGUGACACAGAUUCUCUAAGGAAUACCAUGUUGAAGCAUGAAGAAAUCUUCAAGCAGCAGGUGCAUGAACUCCAUCGUGUGUACGGAGUUCAGAAGAUGCUGAUGGCCGAGCUGGGAGAGAAGCAGGUGAGCCUCCACACCGUUCCAAGUGAAGCAGUAGUAGCAGUAGCAGAUGCCAGGACCAGAAUCUGGAGCAGUGCUUCUACCUCGGAUACCAGCCACUCUUCUCAUGUCAGUAACCUGCACCAGUCUGCACCCGAGUUGAACUCGGAGUACAGCUCUCUGAAUCCAUGGAGUGAGCACGUCACGGGCUUCGAUCUCGAGCAGCCAGCCGAAGAGUACACCUGCAGAGGAGCCACGAGCAUGGACGAGAAGACCACCAAGGAUAAGGAAAAGAGGAGCAUGAAAGGUUCGUUCUCGUGGCCUGAUGACGGAAGCGAGAUCGAGUUGACAUUAAGCAUAGGAUGCAGCAGCUCAGAUAAGAAGAAGAAGAAGAAGAAGAGAGGAGAGGAGUGCGGUGACGACUCCUCUGGUUUGGACAGAGAAGAAUCGAGGAGGUCUCCAUGGAUUCUUCGAGCUUUUAAUCUGAACAAGACAUGAAGUUUCCUUGCAUCUGGGGCAGCUCUGGUGCAGUGACACGCGGCUGAUGAGAGGAGGCCAAGGGUGGGUGCGACGAAGGAUUUCAUGUGCUUGAUGGUGAAGCUGAUGAAUGAGAGAACUCGGAAGAGAGAAGAGAACCUGAUAGAACAGCACACGAUGGGGAUUACUAGAGUAUGAAGCUCGAUACCCUGCGACGAUCGCACCCACCGCAUUGGCUUCAAGCACCGAUAGUUGACCUACGACUGAUUCCAGCAAGAAAAAAUCAGCAUGACAACCUGAAUGAAGUAAGCCUGUAAUUUAUGAUUCCGAAUACAUCAACUAAUUAAACUUUGCAUGCACUGAUGGAUUGCUAUUUGAUCUCCAUCUUACAGUAA